CUCCUGCUACUCCCACUCUUAACAUGCGCGAGGGAGACAAAGUGCCUGAACCAAAAUGCGCCACCGUGUAUCCACACCUUAUCCACGCACACGCCAUUAAAACUGCCAUCAGGGACCCAACCUCAGUUUUGAACAACCUCAUCACCCUCUACUCCCAAUCAAACCUCCUCUCCGACGCCGUUCGUCUCUUCCACCAAAUCCCAUCACCCAACGUCGUCUCAUGGACGGCCCUUAUCUCUGCCCAUGCCAAAACCCGCCUCUCUCUCCACCAUUUCAUCUCUAUGCUUCGCCACCCUACACUACCCAACCAGCGCACCUUGGCUUCCCUCUUCAAGACCUGUGCCUCACUCCCUCACAUCUCCUUCGGCCUCCAGCUACACUCCCUCUCCCUCAAACUCUCCCUUGCUCACCUUCCCUUCUCCGGCUCUGCCCUCGUCCAUUUGUACUCCCGGUGUCGUCUCCCUGUAGAAGCCAGAAAGGUGUUCGAUGAAAUCCCUUUGAGAGAUGAAGUUUGUUAUGCGGCCAUCAUCGUUGGCCUUGCACAGAAUUCUCGAUCCACAGAUGCGUUAUCUCUCUUUACUGAUAUGAGAUCUGCUGGUAUUGGGUCCACCAUGUAUAGUGUGUCAGGUGCUCUCCGUGCUGCGUCAGAGGUUGCUGCACUUGAACAAUGCAGGAUAAUUCAUGCUCAUGCGGUUGUUAUUGGCCUUGAUUUGAAUAUUGUUGUCGGGACUGCCUUGGUUGAUGGGUAUGGAAAAUCGGGUCUUGUUUUGGAUGCGCAUCAUGUCUUUAGUGCGUUGUUGCCUGAUGUGAAUAUCGUUGGGUGGAAUGCAAUGAUGUCUGGUUAUGCACAGCAGGGGGAUAAGCAAUCGGUGCUUGAGUUGUUUUCCAGGAUGGUGGAUCAUGGGUUUGUUGCUGAUGAUUACAGUUUUCUUGCCAUCCUUACGGCAUGCAGCAAUGCCGGUUCGGUGCCUGAAGUGCAAAAAUGGCUGAAUUCUAUGAAAUCGGAUUAUGGAUUGAAACCAGGGAUCGAGCAUUAUACAUGUGUAGUGGGUGCAAUGGCCCGUGCAGGCCAGCUAGAGGAGGCCAAACACCUGGCCAUGACAAUGCCAUUUGAGCCUGAUGCUGCAGUUUGGCGGACGCUGUUAUCAGCUUGUGCAAUUCAUGGUGCAGCUGACAUGGCUUGGGUGGUAGGCCAGCGAUUAUUGGAGCUUGACUCACAAGAUGACUCAGCAUAUGCGAUUCUUGCAAAUGUGCAUGCUACUGCAGGGAGAUGGGAGGAGGUCGCACAAGUGAGGAAGCAGAUGAAAGUUAGGAGGGUGAGGAAGGAAGGUGGGCAGAGCUGGAUUGAAGUGUGUGGCGAAGUUCAUGUGUUCUUAGCGGGUGAUAGGAGGCAUGAGAGGACAAUGGAGAUAUACGCCAAGCUUACAGAUUUGAUGGAGGAUGUUAAAAAAUUGGGGUAUGUGGAGGUGUCCGAUGCAAUGUUGCAUGAGGUUGAAGCAGCUGAGAAGAAAGAGGCACUUUGGUAUCAUAGUGAGAAGUUGGCCGUGGCAUUUGCAUUGAUUAGUGGAGCUGCUCCACCAGGGAAGCCUGUGAGGGUGGUGAAGAAUUUAAGGAUCUGUCGAGAUUGUCAUGAGGCUUUCAAGUAUUUAAGUAGGGUGAUAGAAAGGGAGAUUGUAGUUCGGGAUGUCAACAGAUAUCAUCGAUUUGUAAAUGGACUUUGCGCCUGUGGAGACUAUUGGUAAUUUGAAAUAUCACAGAGAAAAAUUAGGCACUCACAUCUCAUUAAAAAAGUGCCAAAGAGAAAAGCCAUCGAUGAAGUUAGAAGUUGAACUAGAAUAAACACCUUUUCACUGAGGGAGGAAAUAUGAUGACUAGUCACCAUAAACGGUUCUCAUCAGAUCAAACAGUAGCACUUUAAGGUGUGAAGAAACUCGAAGGCUUGCUUCCAGACCCAUUAAUAGAUGAAUCCAGAGCCAUUGAGGUGUUUGCAGAUGAGUAGGUUGCAAAUCCAUCCUUUUAAUGUAGAUAGCUACUUGCUUCACUGGAUGUUGGUUCAUUUAUAAAACCGAUUCAUACU